AAGAAGAAGAAGUUCUCGCUUGGAAGAACUAAGAGAAGAAGAAGUGUAAAUGUAAUUGUAUUUGGCGAAUAACAGAGAUUAAUAACAGAUUAAUCUCACGUUUGGAUACUUUCUUUCUUGUCCACGUUAGCGUGUGAUCUGUUAUAGCGACGGUGAGUUCUCUCGUGUUCUGGUUGUUCUGAAACAUCAGAUCGGUGAGUUUUGGAGAACCAGAAUGACUCGUCACGGGAAGAACUGCACAGCUGGAGCUGUUUACACCUACCAUGAGAAGAAGAAAGACACAGCGGCGUCUGGUUACGGGACUCAGAGCAUCCGCCUGGGAAAAGAUGCCAUCAAAGACUUCGACUGCUGCUGUUUGUCGCUGCAACCCUGCAAAAAUCCUGUGGUCACACCAGAUGGUUAUUUGUAUGAGAAACAGGCCAUCCUGGAAUAUAUUCUGCACCAGAAGACGGAAAUCGCCAAAAAGAUGAAGGCGUAUGAGAAGCAGAAACAGGCCCAGAAGAGCAGCAACCAGCUGGAGUCCAAGUCUGAGGAGAGACAGAAGGUGGCGAGGUUUAAGAGCAGCGAGAGCAGCAUCGUGUCCAAACCCAUCAACCCCUUCACCUCCGGGCAGAACAAGGACGGGGAGCCGGCCCGGCCCCAGAGUGCCUCGGCAGAACCGUCCACCUCCGGCUCUGCCGCCACGUCCAGCCAGAGCCUUCCCAGCUUCUGGAUUCCCAUGCUGACCCCCGAGGCCAAGCCCACGCUCGUGAAGAAACCGAGUAAGACGGUGCUGUGUCCCAUGUCCGGGCGACCCAUCAAGAUGAACGAGCUGAUCCCGGUGCGCUUCACGCCGCUGGACCCCAGCCUGGAGCGCGUGGCGCUGCUCAACCGCCAGGAGCGGUACGUGUGUGCGGUGACCAGAGACGUCCUGGGGAACAGCGUCCCCUGUGCUCUCCUGCGGCCCUCCGGCUGCGUGGUCACUCAGGAGUGUGUGGAGAAGCUGAUCAGGAUGGACAUGCUGGAUCCCGUGAGCGGAGACAAGCUGACGGACAGAGACAUCAUUCUGCUGCAGAGGGGUGGAACCGGCUUCGCGGGCUCCGGGGUCGACCUCCGGGCCAAAGAGGCUCGUCCCGUCAUGCAGGUGUGACACGGCGGAGCUGCAGUCGGAGGAGUCGCCGGAGACUUGUGUGAAAGAGCCACUUAUUUUUGUAAUAACUGUUUUAGCUUCCUCUCUGACAUUUAUGCUUCACUUUCACCUGGUUUGAAGAGCUUUUUUUUUUUUUUCCUGCGAUCAUCCGGUAUUUAAAGUUCAGUCUCAGUGAUUUUGUAGGUCAUGUUAUUUUAUCUCUUGACAGAUGCUUUUCUGCUAUACAAGUUUGGAUGCUCAAUGAUAAAUGUAAUUCAAUGUCCAUUUUAUUGUAAAGAAAUAAACGUGUAAGCUGAA